AUGGAAUUCCCGAAUAUAGGCAAACAAUGUGCGCAUUCUCAAUGUAAACAGUUGGACUACCUUCCACUUGUUUGUAAAUGUGGUGAAAUAUUCUGUUCAGAGCAUUAUAACGGACAUAUUCAACAUUGCGAAGUUGCCAACCCCAUAAUAGAAGCCAAAUCAAAUAAUAAUCAAGUUGAAAGUGUAUUCAUUUGCUCUCAUCUUGAUUGCAAAAAAAGAGAUGUUGUUCCCCUAAUAUGUGGAAGAUGCCAAAAACAUUAUUGCAUUGAACAUAGACAUUUGGCAGUGUGUAAUGAUAAAGAUGAAGAAACAUUAAGAACUGAAAAAGAAAAAUUUUCAGCCCCCGUGAGAGCAUUUAAUGAAGCAAAAGCUAUUGUUGAUAAACAGCUGGAUAAAAAUCUUUCUGAGUUGAAGAAGAAUCCAAAAAAUCGAGACAUUGCAAAGAAAGUUCUAUUAAUGAAGAUCAAAAACAAAGCUACUGGACUUACAACAGUGCCAAUGCUUAAUCGAGUUUAUUUCAAUGUAACAUAUGCUGAAAACUCUCUUCCCAUAUUUGUUUCCAAUCAGUGGAGCCUUGGAAGAUCAAUAGAUGCUAUCGCACAAGAAAUGAAACUUCGGAAUGAUAAUAACAAAGCUACGGACACAAAAUUAAGAUUGUUCAAAAAACAGGGGAAUGCAAGUAUUUCAUGUGAUUUGUCAAUAACCAUAAAGGAACUUAUUGAUCAUCAUGUAUUAUUUGAUGGUGAUAGUUUACUUAUUAAAUACGUGAAAAUUAGUUGAAUCAUUUGAUACUAAUAAUAUAUCAUUUUAUUGUUGAGCGAACUAAUGUUUUAAAGAACAAACAAAAUUAAAAAUAUAUUUAUGAAAUAAAUUUUUAUGUAGAUAGAUUUUUUCCCUAAAUUUUCCCAAUUUUUGGACUUUUCACAGUUAUAGAAACAACAUUGUAUUAGGUAUAAUUAGCGUAGAGCUGAUACAAAAGUUUUUAUUUGAAGAUAGUAUUUCCUCUGCCAUUUUAUUAUGAUGGCUGUAAUUAAUUGCGAAUUGAUAGGAAUGUCUAAAUAUUAGUGUUAGAAUCUUUAAGAGCUAUGGAGCACAAUUUUUAAUUGUCUGAUAGUGGCAUAUUUAUGAGAAAUCUUGGCGUAUUUUAUUGCUUAGUGCCAUUACUGUGUAUUUUAAUAUAAUCUACUUUUUAUUUGAUGAGUAUUUUUGUUGACAUUUCUAAGAAAUUACAAUUUUAUUU